AUGAAGCGUGGUUUUGAGAGUGACCCAGUCUCAAAUUUGGUUGUUGGCUUGACAUUUUGCCAUCUCUGGUAUUCUGGACUACCAAAAGAGUUACGUUGGACAGAGUUGGACUCAUUUGGUCUUCCUUCAUGGCUACUACCUUUGCAUUUGCCCACCUCUCGUGAAACUUAUGAAGGUUUGAUGAAUAAGCACAGGAAAUUUCAUAAUGACUACUAUAAGAGUGCGUUGAAGCAUUUGCUUGUUUCCCUUCAAUCGACAGUGCCAAUAAUUGAGGCUUUUCACCCUUUAAUACAGAUGCUUCUUCUCGGAGAUCAGCUCAACGAGGCUCUUGAUGAACUUGAAAAAUCAUUUAAAAUUUCAGAUACAGUGCUCCAGUUAAGAAUGAAAGCUGCUCUCUUGGAGCAUUUUAGUGGCAUAAACAAUGUGAAACUCUAUACAUGCUUUGAGGACAUUUUAAAGAAGGAUCCAACAUGCAGCAACUCGUUGGCUAGACUUGUUGUCAUGCAUCAACGAGCUCUCAUUGUAAUCCGUGUGUAA